AUGCAAACAGACGUGAUCCGCGAGUCGAUCGGCCUGUGCUUUGCGGAUACUGCGGAACCGGCAUCGCCGACCGCGAACGCCGCGCCGUCCCCCGCGCCUGCGCCGGCGGCCGCGGCCGCGCCUGUGACGGCGCUCGCCGCAGCCCCUGCCGCCGCCCCGGCUUCUGCGGGGCCGCCCGCCGCUGUCGUCCGGGUCUCUAAGAACAGCCGUUUCAAGAACCUGGCAGGCUAUCUAGUGGCUGUCUUGAAUGAGCGGCCCGAUGAUCAGGUCCUCAUAAUUGCGUCAGGCGCGCUGUUCCAGCCUGAAAGGAAGUUCAGCGUCGUCUUGCUGGACAAAGAUCAGCCGUCGCGGCAGCUGGACGAGCACGGGGAGCACCAGCAGCAGCAGCACCAGCCGCAGCAGCAGCUGCAGCAGCAGCAGCAGUGGCAGGAGGAAGAGGAGGAGGAGGAGGAGGAGGCUGCAGGCAGCGACAGCGGCAGUCUCAGCAGGGCUGCGGACGCCGAGCAUGAGGGGCGCCGUUCUCGGGUGCAGCAGGAGGGGCGCAGCCGAUUUCCUAUCAUGCAGUUGUGGACUAGGGUGGCAGCCGUCGACCCUUCCGAGACGGACGCGGUGCGCAGUGCUCGGCCGCCGAAGGUCGUGCGCGUUGGCAAGGCCACCCAGGCCGCUGCCCUCGCCUCGACCAUCGAGCGCUUCGUUAGCGACGGCACGCCGGUGACGGUGUCCUGCGUGCAGUCUGCGGCUGUGUACGUGGCGCUGAACGCGCUCUCGCUGGCGCGGCUGUCGCUGGUCAUGAGCGAGGGUAAGGACCUCACUUUGACGGCAGAGCUGAGACAGAUAGAGUGGCAACGGACGGCGGCUCAGGCAGAGACCAGCAGCGGCAGCGGCGAGGGCGUGGGCGGGGCGGCGGGUGCGGCUGAGCGCCCAGAGGUGCAGGUGGUGGACUUCAACGUCGUUCCCUGCGACCCGCGCCCUGGCGUCGCCGACGCCCUUCGCCGGCGCAUCUACACGAACGAAGGGCGUGCGGCGGACAUCGGAGAUCGCAGCACCAGCCGCCGUGACCGCGAUGGCGGCCGAGGCGGUGGCCGCGGCCGUGGCCGAGGCGUUGGCCGCGGCCGUGGCCGCAGCGGCCGCGGCGGCAGCGGGGAGGCCACAGGCGGCGACACCACGGUGACUGUGUCGCGGCAGGAGUGGGACGGCGUGAAGCAGCAGCUGGGGCACAUGGCUCAGUGGACCGAGCAGCUGCUUGAGCUGCUGGCGCAGCAGAACGAGCAGCCGGGGGUGGUUGGAGGGGAGGGGACCGCGCCAAAGGGGACGUGA